CGCCGCGGCUGGCAGAGCUUGCGCGCUCCUGGAGUCGCGGCUGCUGCUGCUCCGCGGGCGGGCGGGCUUUCGCCGCCAGAAGCCCCCAGUGCCUGGCACGACAUUCCCCCCUGAGGACGCCUCCCCGCGUCCCGAGCGCGGAGGCUCGCCGCUGAGGUCCCUCCUCCUCCGCCUUCGCAGCAGGUUACGGACCAGCGAGGUUGCAUGACUGGUUGGACUUGAUGCUUGAUUUGCAUGACUCCUAACAAUCAGUAUCUCGAUUUGUCAUUGAGCAAGCAUGGCCCACCCCAUGAAUAUUAAUGGCAGUUCCACAGAAAAGGAUGAAAAUGCGCUGAAUGGAGAGGAUGAGAAGGAUCAGAAAGAUCCCUAUUUUGUGGAAACCCCGUAUGGUUACCAGCUUGACCUAGAUUUUCUCAAGUACGUGGAAGAUAUACAAAAGGGAAAUACUAUUAAAAAGUUGAACAUACAGAAAAAGCGAAAAGCAACGCCACCUUUUGUCGCUGUCAAAAACACCUCAAACCAAUUUGGGGUAUGGACAUCAAAUGAAUCCCUUUCUUCAUCCAACAGUGAUGAAAACAAACAUUCAUCUUCAGUGUUUGCAGCACGAAGCCCAGCAAGCACCACCACCACAAGGCCACACUUGUCCUUUGAAGCCUCCCCAAGCUUCCUAACAAUACCUGAAAGCAAACAACUACUGCCUCCUUCACCACAGCUUCCUAGGCACAAUCUUCGUGUCACAAAAACUUUAAUGGAAACACGGAGAAGACUGGAGCAGGAAAAAAUAACCAUGCAGGCAAUUCCAGGAGAAACACGGAGACCCAGGCUUUCCAGUUUUGGUGCCAUGGGCUCAACAAGUUCACUUCCUUCCUUCGUAGGAUCCAGUGGACACAACCAGAUGUCUCAGCAGUUUCAGAAUGGAUAUCAGGGUAAUGGAGAUUUUAACCUUCAUCUAGCAUCCUCUGUGGGCAGUUCCAUCCGGCAUAGCCCCAUGAGUUCAGGUAUUUCAACACCUGUGACCAAUGUGAGCCCUGUGCACCUUCAGCAUAUCAGGGAACAGAUGGCUAUUGCUUUGAAACGCCUCAAGGAGCUUGAGGAGCAAGUAAAGACUAUUCCUGUGCUCCAGGUUAAGAUUUCGGUAUUACAGGAAGAAAAGAGGCAGAUAAUGGCAAAGCUUAAAAGUCAAAGAAUAGUCAACCAGAAUGACACAGGCUACUUCAGAAAGCGAUCUUACAGUGCAGGAAAUGCAGAGCAAUGGAAGCAUCUAUCUCCUGUCAAAACAGGUGGGGAACUUUAUAUAGACUGUGAGGAAGACAUAGGAAGUGCAGAACAUAACCCAGAGAAGGUAGAAGAGUUCAGGCAGUUGACUGCUGAAAUGCAAGCCUUGGAGAAGAAAAUCCAGGAUAGCAGUUAUGAUAUUCCAUCUAACCUGAGAGUUAACCGAGCGAGUAUAGCAAAAGAAAAUAGGUCAGUUGCUGUAGGUGGAGAAGAAAACAUGAAUGAUAUUGUUGUAUACAGCAGAGCUUUAAGAGUAUGCAGGGAUGUAGCAGUAGGGACAGAACAUAAGACUAAAGAUGCUCUUGUUGGGGUGACAGAGGGAAUGCUUGGUCUGUCUACGGAGGCUGAGAGAGAAAUAGAGCUCCAGCAUCAGACUAUUGAAGCCCUCAAAGAGAAAAUAUACCGGCUGGAGGUUCAGUUGAGGGAAACCACUCAUGAUAGGGAGAUGACCAAAUUAAAGCAUGAGCUUCAGGCAGCUGGUUCCAGGAAAAAAAUGGACAAGGCACUGAUGGCACAACCCCUUGUCUUCAACAGAGCCAUUGAAGCAGUAGUACAAACCAGAGACCAAAUGGUGGGAGAUCAUGUGGCGGUUGUUGAUUCAUGUGUAGGGAGCUUUCUCCAAAUGAGAAGUGUUGGGGUAUUGUGUAGGCCUAUGUUGCAGAGUUCAGCUGUGGGUCCAGAUGUGCCCAUGAAUUGGUGGAUUGUGAAGCAGAGAAAAGAAGUCUGUGACCAGGGCACUGAGAGCUCUGUUGAGAUAGGCAACAAGUGUGUAGGCACAGAAAUGAGUAUCUGUGAAACUGGGGUCAAUACAGAGGGGUCUGUGGAUAAUCUAACCCUGCGCAAGGCAGAACUGAAAAUCAAGGAAGUGCGGUCAGUAGGCUGUGGCGACUGUUUGGAUCUGACUCUCCUUUCAACAAAGGAAAAAAUGUCCUGCAGCAUGCAAACAGAGCAUAGUUGCAAAGCAGAUUCUGGGGUCACAGCAGUGCCUUGUACAGCUACCCAGGGAACCAAUACAGUAUUAGAAAAGACUGACCAGUUCACCAACACGGAUAUGGCUACCUUGAUGGAUUCCAGCACCAACACUUUCCAAAGCACUUCUGAUAAACAGACAAAUACUGUGUUUGUGGAAAUGAAGACUGUGGCUGUUGGAGACGGUAGGGUCAAGGAUGUAAAUGCAGCUCCUAAAACGCGUUCCAUUGGUGUGGGGACUCUGAUUUCUUCCACGGCUAACUUUGAUAAAUCUUCCCUAGCAAAGACCAAAGAUUGUGGGGUGGGGCAGAUCAGUAUCAAUGAGAACUAUUUAGUUGGCCUAAAAAUGAGAAACAUUGCCUGCGGGCCUCCUCCAGUAUCGCUAGUCCCACCCAGCACUAGAAGUAUUGGUGUUGGGGAUGAAUCUGUGUUUGCAUCAGGAAACCUUAUGGAGGGCAGUUCACUCACUGUACCUGAGAUGGGAACGGGCCUGGAUCACUACAUUGAACGGGUUCAGAAGCUUGUUCAAGAACAGCAGAUGCUUCUUGCUGAAAAUUAUUCAGAACUAGCAGACGCUUUUGGAGAGCCACACUCGCAAAUUGGCUCUCUCAAUUCUCAGCUCAUCAGCACCCUAUCUUCCAUCAACACUGUCAUGAAAUAUGCAAGCACGGAGGAGCUGCGCAACUUAGAUAUUCCAAGGCAAUGCAUGGGCAAAACUGCUGCAACAGAAGAUAGUUUGCCAAAGGCUCCUCAUGGCCACACUGGUAGUUCCCAUUUAGUUUCAAGCUCUGUAAUGUUGAAACUGGGACAGGAGAUUGGGACCAUAAGUGAGCAGAAGACUGCUGUCCUAGAAACAGGACCAGACUGGAAAGCUACAACUUCUCAAGACUGCCCAGCGUCUCCAAUUAAUCUAACAGAUGACCAGCUUGCCUCUGGCCUUUAUGUAUGUGCAAAUGAUGGCAUGUUGAAGUCCAUCAUGAAGAAAAAGGAUGGGAGAAAAGAUGAGAAUGCAAAGAAGAAUCUACAAUUUGUUGGUAUAAAUGGAGGGUAUGAAACAACAUCAAGUGAUGAUUCUAGUUCAGAAGAGAGUUCUUCAUCAGAGUCCGAUGAUGAGUGUGUUGGGAAUCAGUAUGCUGAAAUUGAAGACCAUGCACUGAGCAGUGAAGAUGUUAAGUCUGUCCAGAGUGAAGUAGUGCAGCUCCAGGAAUCUGAGCCUGAAAAAGUGGAAAUUCGAGAGCGAUAUGAAUUAAGUGAAAAGAUGCUGUCUGCAUGCCAUCUUCUUAAAAGCAGCAUUGAUGAUCCAAAGGCUAUGAUCAGCAAAGAGAUACGGUUUUGCUUAAACACCAUCCAGCAUGAGUGGUUUCGUGUGUCAAGCCAAAAGUCAGCCAUUCCUGCAAUGGUUGGGGACUACAUCGCUGCUUUUGACGAAGUUUCUCCUGAAGUCCUUAGGCAUGUCAUCAACAUGGCAGAUGGAAAUGGCAACACAGCUCUCCAUUACAGUGUCUCCCACUCUAACUUUGAAAUUGUGAAAUUGCUUUUAGAUGCAAAUGUCUGUAACGUAAAUCACCAGAACAAGGCUGGUUAUACCCCCAUUAUGCUAGCUGCUCUUGCGGCUGUAGAGGCUGAGAAAGACAUGAGAAUAGUAGAAGAACUCUUUGCUUGUGGAGACGUGAAUGCUAAAGCCAGUCAGGCUGGCCAGACUGCUCUGAUGCUUGCUGUGAGCCAUGGCCGAAUAGAUAUGGUGAGGGCACUGCUGGCUUGCGGUGCAGAUGUCAACAUCCAGGAUGACGAAGGCUCCAGUGCUUUGAUGUGUGCUAGUGAGCAUGGCCAUGUUGAGAUUGUCAAACUUUUGGUGGCUCAGCCUGGAUGCAAUGGCACCCUGGAAGACAAUGACGGGAGCACUGCACUUUCAAUAGCCCUUGAAGCAGGCCACAAGGAUAUUGCUGUUCUUCUCUAUGCACACGCAAACUUCUCCAAAACCCAGUCCCCGGGCACCCCAAGACUUGGAAGGAAGCCAUCUCCUGGUCCUACCCAUAGAAGCCCAUUUGACUGCUAAUGCACAAAUAUUUGUAAACUCUAAUGUCACCUCUCCUAAGCUGCUAAGUAGUUACUGUUUUACAGUGACAGAUAUUGAAUGUAACUGUCUUGUGCCUGAGCACACCAGCAAACUGCAAACUGAUGCCUAGAGGAAAUGUUGACAAGAAAAGGGCUAGGAUGGCAUCCUUGCUGACAAUACCACUUAGGAUCAGUGUUCAUGGUAUGGCUGACAGAUGGAAUUAUUUCACUUCAGUCACUGUAGCUGUUCAUGCGUGCCUGUUCGCUGUGCUGAUUGGGCAGUCUUCUCCGUGCUGCUGCAGGAUCUCACAGGUUUACAGCUAGUCCAAGAAAUGGACAUCAUGGCAAGUUAUUGAAUGAAAGGCUUACUGUAUGGGGACAGCUGCCAUAAAGGAGCGAUUACAUGUAGCCUCCACGUGGCUCUGGUAGCCUUCUGGGUACUCCUCCUGCUCAUCUUUUCAGCCUCCAGAAAAUGGCAUAAAGUCUUUGCUGCAGAAUAUAGCCUUCUGUUACCUUAUGUACACUUUUAAGCUAUCUGCCCAUUUAUAAUUAUGCUCUCCCUUUUCUGCCCACCCUUGACAAAUCUUACUGGCUUUUUUAAAGGUAUGUUCUUUACAGAUAUUUAUAUUUGCUACUGUUAGAAUUGUUUGUUGGCAAGAACUCUUUUAUAAAUGUCAUUCCAAAAUGCUUUUGAGUCUUGUUUUAAUGCUUAUAUAUACAAAAUGAUGAUUGCUUCUGUGGUUAGCUCUUCGGAAUGUUAGCUGGUGGCUUGAUGGCUUAACGAAAUGGCCUGAAACUUGUUAAUAAAUUGUUGUUGCCAAUUUGUAUAGCUUUUAUAUAAAAGAUUAAGUCAGUAUUUGCAACACUGUUUAUUCCAUCAUAAUUAAAACAAUACUUUACACAUAAUUGUUACUAGAUUUUAUUCAUUGUCACCUAUAUGAUUCAAUGUUGGAAGAUGUUCAAUACUAAUGGAAUCAGGCACAUAUAUGGAAUGCUUCUUUCCCUGUCAUGUUCACUUCAGUCACAUGCAUUUAAAUGUUUGAAGUGCCUUAGACUCUUGCCAUAUUUUCAAAAUAAAAAAUUGUUAUUUUA